AUGGAUAAAGUCACCUCAGUGGAUGCAGUUAGCUCAAUGGAUAAAGUCACCUCAGUGGAUGCAGUUACACCGGUGGUCACCUCAGCGGAACUAAAAUGCACAAAAAUGUUGUACCAACAUAUUAGCAGGAAAAAAGAUGGUGCUCAUGGAACUCAUAAACUGACUAUUUUUGUGACUGGUGGUAGUUUAGAAGACAGUAAGAAGGCUUUAGAACUUGCCAAAACAAACGAUAACCUAUACAGUACAGUGGGGUGCCAUCCAACACGGUGUACUGAAUUUGAAGCGGAGAACAAUCCGGAAAAAUAUUUGCAAGAUUUAUAUGACCUUGUAGAUCAGAACAAAGAGAAGGUGAUUGCAAUAGGAGAGUGUGGUCUAGACUAUGACAGUCUUAACUUUUGUUCCAAAAAAAUUCAGUUGAAAUACUUUGAAAAACAGUUUCACCUUGCUGAGCAAACCAAACUACCGAUGUUUCUUCAUUGCAGAAACGCUCAUGUUGAUUUGAUAGACGUACUGAAAAGGAACCAGAACACAUUUACAGGAAGUGUGCAUACUUUUGCCGGUUCCAAAGAAGAAGCAUCCAGUUUACUUGAGAUGGGUUUAUACAUGGGAAUAAGUGGAUGUUCUCUUAAAAGCCAAGAUAACGUUGAUGCUAUGUGUGGAAUACCCAUUGAGAGACUCAUGAUUGAAACAGAUGCACCAUGGUGUGAGAUACGUCCUGCACAUGCUGGGCAUAAAUUUAUUAAGACUCAUUUACAGACGAAGAAGAAAGAGAAAUGGACACGUGGAUUUGGUGUGAAAAGUCGAAAUGAGCCAUGCAAUAUCAUUCAAGUGUUGGAGGUCAUGGCGGCAGCGAGGGAUGAAGAUAUUGUGGAGCUUGCAGAUACGUUAUAUGAAAACACACAGAAAUUGUUUUUUGGUGGAAAGUCCUGA